CUUCACGGUCGGUUCUCGUCUUUUUCUCUCUCCAGUGUUGUGAAGCAGAGAAGGAGCCGCGGUGUCGGUGUUUACCUGCCUGUCAGGAUUCGGGAAUAACAUUACCGGGCUAAUAUCCAGGAUUAUUUUCUUAUUCCGACCGGCAGACUGUUAAAGAUCUCCUCCCCGGAGCGGUGAUGGAUGUGAGCGGGGCGGCGUGGACCGGAGAGGGGGAUUUAAAUUUCUCUUUCGUCCCAACGGCUUCUUCUGAAUUGAAGUAGUUACCGAACACCGGAGCAGAACCGGACCGUGUGCUUCUGUACGAGCGAAAUAAAAGCUGUUUUAGUUGGUAGAGCAGCAGACGUUACUUUACUUUGGUUUUCUUCGUGUUAGUGAUAGUUUUUGGGGAGUUUUUGUUUGUUUCCCCCGGAGAGAGGUGAGGCGGCGGACUGAGAGCGGCUCACGGAGUCGGGACUGACCGCUGGAGGUAGUCCUGAAAAUGGAGGCUGUUAUCGAGAAGGAAUGCAGCGCGCUCGGAGGACUCUUCCAAACUGUUAUCGGAGACAUGAAAAGCAGCUACCCAAUUUGGGAGGACUUUAUCAACAAGGCCGGCAAACUACAGUCGCAGCUCAGGGCGACAGUGGUUGCUGUGGCUGCCUUCCUGGAUGCCUUUCAGAAGGUGGCUGACCUGGCUACCAACUCCAGAGGAGGCACCAGAGAUAUCGGAUCAGCAUUGACCAGGAUGUGUUUGAGACAUCGCAGCAUAGAGGCUAAACUCAAACACUUCUCCAUGGGCUUCAUGGAGGGUCUGAUCAACCCUCUACAAGAGCAGAUGGAGGACUGGAAAAGAGGAGUUCAUACUCUGGACAAGGACCAUGCAAAAGAGUAUAAAAGAGCUCGGCAGGAAAUUAAGAAGAAGUCCUCGGACACGCUGAAACUCCAGAAGAAAGCCAAGAAAGCUGAUAAUCUGGGCCGUGGUGACAUCCAACCCCAGCUGGACAGCGCCAUGCAGGACGUCAGUGAUAAAUACAUCCUGCUGGAGGAGACGGAGAAGCAGGCCCUGAGGAGGGCUCUGAUAGAGGAGAGACAGAGGUUCUGCUGGUUUGUGGCCAUGCUGAGGCCUGUAGUGGAUGAGGAGAUUUCUAUGUUGGGAGAAGUUACCCAUCUCCAGGCCAUCUCUGAUGACCUCAAAGCUUUGACCUCUGACCCCCACAAGCUUCCUCCUGCUAGUGAACAGGUGAUCAUGGAUCUGAAGGGCUCAGACUACGGCUGGUCCUAUCAGACGCCACCCUCAUCACCCAGUACCACCAUGUCCAGGAAGUCCAGCAUGUGCAGUAGUCUGAACAGCGUUAACAGUAGUGACUCCAGGGGAUCCAGUGGCUCUCACUCUCAUUCUCCUUCCUCCUCUUCUUCCUCCUCUUCCUCAAACCACCUCUUCCACCACCACCAUCACCCCCGCCAUCGAUUCCGCAGCUCCACGCUCCCCCAGCAGGCCCCGGCUCGGCUCUCCAGCAUCUCCUCCCACGACUCGGGCUUUAUUUCUUCAUCACAAGACCAAUACACAUCGUCCAAGUCGUCCUCGCCGAUGACAGCUGAGACAAAGCCUUGUCCCAGUUCCAGCAGCUCUGAGAUGUCAGAGACUUUGCAGCUUCACAGUGACUACAGCUCCCCCUCUUCUCUAGCUGCUGCUACUGCAACUCCGCACACUUCUGACAAGUUGUCCAAUGGUUUUGACCACUACAGCCCUGCCAGCUCCCCCUACCUGCACAGCAACGGGGGCAGUUUGGGCUCAGGUUCAGGCACGGCCUUCCCCUUCUUCCCUCCUUCCUCCUCAUCCUCCACCUCCUCUUCCUGCCCCACCCGCUCAUGGUCUCGUCCUGCCUCGGCCCUGCUUCCAGACUACCCUCACUACUGCACCAUGGGCUCCACCAUGGUGCCGUCAUCACGAGUCCCCAGCUGGAAGGACUGGGCAAAGCCUGGACCUUAUGACCAACCUGUGGUCAACACACUGAGGAGGAAGAAAGACAAGGAGACUCCGGUGGUGGUAGACAGUAAUGGGAAUAUGAACAGUGACAGCAUCCCUCCGUCAGUCCAGACCUCACUGUCGACUUCAACUCCAGCUCCAGCUGUAAUACAAACAGCAAACCAGUUGGCAUCAUUGGAAGACAAGAACAGAAUUGUGCCUGCGCCUCUCAAGGCUGGUGAUAUUGAGGCCCAUGAUGAACUGGCUCUGGCUCUAUCUAGAGGUCUGGAGCUGGACACCCAGAGGUCCAGCCGAGACUCCAUCCAGUGCUCCAGCGGCUACAGCACUCAGACCAACACGCCCUGCUGCUCUGAAGACACUAUACCAUCACAAGUAUCAGACUACGACUAUUUCUCCAUGGCUGGAGACCAGGAUUCUGAUCAGCAGCAGUCUGACUUUGAUAAAUCCUCCACCAUCCCCAGAAAUAGCGACAUCAGUCAGUCGUACAGACGCAUGUUUCAGACCAAACGCCCAGCCUCCACCGCCGGCCUGCCCAGCACUCAGGCUCCGUACCCUGCACAGGGGAGCUACCAUGUGGGGCCUUACCCCUCCACACCCAUCCACACUGGAGGUUAUCCAUCUAGUCCAGCUGGGGCUUAUCCUCCCACUCCUGCAGGUCAUGGUCCGGUCAUCGUCACCCCUGGAGUCGCCACAAUCCGUCGCACCCCGUCCUCCAAACCCUCAGCCCGUCGCUCAGGCUCUGUUGGUGGCACCGGUCCGAUUCCUAUCCGCACUCCUGUGGUGCCGGUAAAAAUCCCCACGGUGCCCGACAUGUCAGGCACAGUUAACGGCAGCAGGGGCUCAGAGGAGAUGGGAGCGGAAAGCCCGGAUUCUCCGACGUUUGCAGGAUCGGAGGAUGUCGGAUCGCUGCCGGUGGCGUCCUGGAGCGGUCAGGCUUCAACCAACCCUCCCACCGCGGCCAACCAGCCGCCUCAGCAGCAGCAGCAGCUUCAGAGCGACGCCGAAGAGGAAGCGGCAGAACAGGAAGGAGGGAACAUGCUGGUGGCCAUCCGGAAGGGCGUGAAGCUCAAGAGAACCCUCACCAACGACCGCUCAGCACCGCGAAUCGCAUGAUGAAACCGCCAGAACACGCCGAGGUCACGAGAAGCACGUGACCUGCUGUCAUAGCAACGGGGCUCCUCCUCUUCGCCGUAUUUGUAAAUUAGGUCAAAAGCUUUAGAAAAAACAUGUUGCUGGUAGAAGUGCAAUGUGCAAAAUGAACAGGCUUCUCAUGCUAGUAGGAGACAUCAGCUGAACCCCCAUCACAUGCAGCGUUUCUACGUUUUCACCCGUGAGAAUCUCAUUUACAAAUACUCAAAAAAGGCAACUUGUAGAUUGUUCACCACAUUUCUAAUUAGGCUUAUGAUGCCUGGACUUAUGUAAAGCCAGGUUCAUUAAAUGUGGGUUUCUAGUGGGAUCAAAGGCCCAGUUGUAUAAUCCUUGUAUAAGUUGAGUAGCUGUACAAGCUUGUAUUUAAGGAUUCUGGAGAUGCUUUGACAAAUGUGGACCUACACUGACAAUGAAGAACAUCAGGAUGUGUUUGUGUUCAUGAAUGACGAGCAGCAUCACAUCACGUUAUGUUUAUUUCUUUUAAAGGACCGUAAAGAUGUGCUUCACACAAACAUGAGUCCAGUUUUCUCCAUCGAUUUCAUGUGCACAUUCAGUGCGUUGUUCCAUCGUGUGAAGCGCUCUGACUGCCUGGAGGACGUUUGUUUUAACCACUGCAAGCAGUAGCAGCAUCCAGAGGGGAAUAUUCAGCUGCAGUGGGAGGUUCUGGCUCCUAUGGCAGGAUUUCACUGCACCAUUUGGCAACUCCUGAACUGCUUAUUUGGAAAGUUGCCUGGUUAGGCGCUGCGUCGACAGCUGCCGAGACUUAAAUACAGCAGAGUCAGUCCAACACUUGUGACUUCCUGUUGCUGCCAGAGUUUGACCUUCGUCUCAGAAAACAACAGUGUGACCCGACUGUCGCAUGGCUGACGCUGUGACAUCAAGAGACGCUACCAGUUUCGUCCUGUUUUUGCUUUAUUUGUUUCAAUAUCCACACGAUCUGUAAAUAAUUUUGCACGAGGAGUGUCUCUGUAUCUGUCCAUGUUCUUCCUGCUCCUCCACGGUGCCAAAAUCGUUCAGUUUCCAAUCUUUAAAUAUGAUAUAAUGAUCAUCAUCACAGCCCAUCGCCUGGAGAUGUGAAGUGUUUUUUUUUGUUUUUUUUUACUCGACUCAUUUAAUCUGAAAUCUCUACAUGCUGAGCUUGUAGAACUUCUCAGUUGUUCGUCUUAACAUGAGUCGUCUCAUUAUAUUAGCCGUGUAACAGCCUGCUGCGCAUUGACCGCCCAUAGCAUCACUAGCAAAUGUGCCACGUCGGAACACACGUCAAAAUUAUAUAAAUAUAUAUUAUUCAACAUUUUAUUGAAGCUAAUGAGGCAAAAAUAAUUUUGGUGUUUAGAAAGUUCUAGCUAUAAUUUGUAACACCUUGUUGUUUGAUCUUCUGUCUAGUUGCUGUUAUGUUGAGUUGUUUCUUUUUAACGCAUGCAGCCGGUGCGCUCAGAUGAUCAAUUUGAUUUUUACAUCCAUCACUUCAGUUUUAUUUUUUGUUUUAGUAUCAAAGGUGACAGAUUUUGUGACCUUACAAACUAGAAAAUCGCAUAAAAAUCCACAUAUAACUUAAGGAAAAUGUUGUUAAUGGUACAUUUUAAUUAUUUUUUUUUAUUCUGGACAGUAGGGUGUUUUGAGGCUCAUCCUUUAGACCAUAAGCUACAUAGGCUGCUUAGUCUGUAUUUGAUUUGCAUUUCAGUUGAAGCACUGUGAGACCGUGGCUACUACAAGACGCGUGAAACUGUAAAUAUUAUUUAGCUCCACAGGUUAGUCCAGAAACACACACUUUUAAUUUAUUUUCUUCCUCCGUCUUUAAACCUCUUCUUGUUUCUCAGCCUCUCUCUCUAUUUUUAUACUUACAGCAGAAUUAUCAGUGUACCAGUUGUUUCCUCUCCGUGCAUGUUCUAUCUGAGGAUGCGUUCAGUGACGUCCCGUAUUUCACACACUCGCGUACGUUGCGUUUAAAUAUUCACAUGAAUCCAUUCUGGUACAGAGCACGCUGUUAAAACUAGUUUGUGUCAGUAUUAUGAGUCCAGGUUUUGGGAUUAUUCAGAGCGGCAACUACUUCAGUCAAGAUUUCUUUCUGAAUGAAUACACCUAAAUCUCUUCAUUAUUGAUUAAAGUCAUGAUUGCUUUCUGGGCGUUCAUCUAUUUUGGGUGAAAACGCCAAAUAUUCCCUGAUUAAAUUUUAUAUGCGUCUGUACUUUUUUUUUUCCGUCCACGCAUCUAAAACUUGUAUUAUCAACCCAUAAUUCCCAUAUUUAAAUUGCUAGCAUAAAUAUAUAUUAUAUAUUGCCAAAUGUCAGUACAUACUAUGAAUAAGAAGUUUAUAGUUUGUGAAAGCCUAUUUCUAGUUUAGUUUUUAGCUUAUUUCCCCCCCGAGGAGAGUUGAGCUCUCUGUGUGUCCUUGUGUAGUUCAGGAUAUGAUGCAGGAGGUUAAAGGUUAAUAUUUUUUGUGUUAUGAAACUAUAGCAAUAUAAUAAAAAAAUAUUAAGUUUG